GUCUAUUAUUUUACAGCAAAUGAAUGGUUAUUAAAUCUUUUUCCGUUUUUCUUUAGUUUCAUGAACAAAAUCAAUUUCAGGUAUAAAAGGAAGAAUUGAUGCUAAGCCAAAAACAGUCGGAUUGCUUCAUUCUCUGGACUAAGAGUAAAGGGAUGUUGAGAAUAUUUUUGCUGUUGCUGGUGACUUUGGAUGGAUGCUUCGGCGGUAAAACGACAAAAUCACCAAUAACUGUGAAAAGUUCAUCAGGGCUUUUUAAUGUGAAUCAAGGAUACAACUACAAUUACCAAGGAUUUAAUUACAAUUAUCAAGGAUUUAAUCAAUACCCGAAUUAUGAUUAUAGUUAUGGAAGUCCAAAUGCUGGAUGGAAUAAUACGAGUCAGUACAACAGUGGAUUAUUUAAUGUGAAUCCAUACAAUAACUUCAAUCAAGGAGGUUUUAUGUCUGGCUAUAAUUCAAGCUAUAAUCCUAAUUAUGGUAAUGCUUACUAUCCUUCAGCUACAGGAUAUCAAGGAUUAAUUCCAAGUUAUUCAUAUCCAUCAUAUGAUUAUUAUCAAAACAAUUACAAUGACUAUGGAACUAAUGAUUAUUACUACUCACAGCCACAAUGGAACAAUUCAUACAAUUAUCCAACUGGCUUAUUCAAUUAUCCAACAAAUAGACCUCCUAAUUCAAUGAUUAGUCAGCCAUAUCCACCAUAUAAUAGCAAUCCAUAUCCAAACAGUCUAUUUCCUCACAGUAGCACUAAAUCACCAUAUUAUUACAAUCCACAGCCUACAUACUAUCCACGAGCGCCAAGAAUUACAACUCCACGUAGAACCAGACCACCAAGAACCACUCGUGCCCCAACAAGACCUAGAUCAACAACAAAACGACAAACAAGACCCCCUCGAACUCGUCGACCACGAACAGAAUCUCCUCUACAGCCUGAUUAUGGACAACAAAAUGAUGGACAACCGAAUAAAAAUAAUGGAAAUAGACAUCAAUAUCGUUAUACUUUUACUGGUGGAAAUGGAUACAAUCUUGUUCGUAUGGGAAAUAAUGGACAGAAGAAGCAGUCUGAUGGUAAUGAUGACGAUGGAAAUGAUAAGCGAAAACGAACUUAUCAUUUCGGAUUUGGAAAGUAGUUUUAAGGUUUGGGGUCACAGUGGAGAGGAUUCUUUGUGUAAAGGGUUUAAAACUGAUUAAAAUGACCAACGUUGCUCGAUUUACGACUUGCAAACCGCUCUGGUGUGCAAGUUGGGCUGGAAAAUCAGUUUAGAGUACAUCAUACCAUCUUUUCCCAAUAAUAUUCUCCUUUUUCCACUUACCCUGUUUUUUCGUUAUAAGCUACUACUCGUUACUAAGCUACUAGUGGCCCAAAAAAAUCACUUUUUUAUUCUUCUAAGCUACUAGCUUAUAACAAAAAAACAGGGUACAUACUUCCUUUAGUUCAAGACGCACAUCCUGAAAUGGCUGUAAAUUCAA